AAAACCAUUAAUAUUUUGUGUACUUGGCAAAUUGAUUGACAUCGGAGCAAAUUGGAAUUGUUGAUACAAUUGCCAAUUAAAAUCGUGUUUAAGGAUGACAAGAUUGUGCAGAAUCUGCGGAAACGGAGAUGGGCGCUAUUGGAUUGAGACGCCAUUGAUUAAAUACGCAGAUAAAACAUACAAUCAACUGCUGCUGGAGCUAACUAAACUUGAGGUCGCAUUGGAUCAAGCUGACAAGCUGCCGCCCUGGAUUUGUCGCAACUGUACUCACAGUUUGGAGAAUGCGUACGACUUUGUGCUGCAAGCGCGUAAAACUCAUGAGCUUUGGCUUCAGAAGAUGUCAAGAGAAUCUCCUUUGAAUGUUACCGAAAUAGCCACUUUGGAGUGUCUGCAAGAGACACCUAUACAUUUGCUGGAUAUAGAGGGCGUUACAAUUAAAAUGGAAGAGCCCUCAGAGCCUGUCACGACGUCAGCAGACCCAACCAACCUUAUUGAUCCAUUGAUUAAGAAAACAAUUGUGGAUGAUGAUACCGAAGAUGAAGAUGAUGACGAUGAUGUGCCACUCAAGCAACGCCGGACAGCACACACAAAAUUGCCAAUGCUGCACAAGUGCAAUAAGUGCGACAAGUCCUUUAAAUAUGUCACAAACCUCUUCAGACACAAGCAGAGGGAUCAUAGUCCAAAUCGCUGCCGACCCAAAGCACGGGAAGCAGACGAAAAGACUCACAACUCAGAACCAUUUCUACACAACCUGAUAAAGAGCUCCAUGACAGAACGCAGCAGCGCGGAAGACUUGGAAAAUGAAACAGUCGAUAGCUAUUACAAGUGUGAUCAAUGCGACAAAUCCUACAAGUACAUUAUGCUGCUCAUUAAGCACAAGCGCAAGGCACACGUUUCCAGCCAGCUGCCAGCGAAGCCUAAGCCAAUUGGAUGUAGCAAUUCAGGUACAGAAGAAACGCUUCAGACGAGAGGAUCACAGCGACAGCACUCGAAGCCCUCUAGCACAGAUUCUCUUGUGCAUAGCAUCAUUAAAGAGAUCAACAUACCCGAUGAAGAUGAUACCGACAACUCCAGUGCAGACAAUUACUACAAAUGCGAUCAAUGCGACAAGUCUUAUAAAUACAUUGUAAGUCUCAUCAAGCACAAGCACAACGAGCACAAGACGUACCAGGCUUCCGAUGAAGACGAAGAGGAAGCGACUUCUUCCAGAUAUACAGCAGACACACCUGCCAUUUUGAAGCCCUCCCGCAUCGAUCGACGCGUGAAAGGCUUUGAUUUGCAUCGCUGCAAGCCGAACGGCUCAAAGGAGAUUCAAUGCAUGAUCUGUCUGCGCAGAUUUAUCAAACUUCGUGAGCUGCGCGAUCAUUUAAAGGCGCACCCCGAAGACUUUACAUUCGAAGCUCACGGUGAGCCCAUUGAGCGCAUAGCCGAGGGCUUCUACAAAACGGCCGUAGAAUCCACAGUUGCUGGCCUAAAGCAGCGCAUUUUCAAUGAUUUGAAGGUGGGAGUGUACGGACGCUACUACUCCAUAACGAAUGAGGCUCGCUACGAGAUGAAUCUGGAUAGCUCGGACACAGAUAGCGAUGGAGAGGCGGAUGUUGUCGAGCGACACAGUUAUGCUUGUGAGCUGUGUAAAUCGCCCGCCGCUGUGUGGCCACGCAAAUAUCAAUUGCACGAGCAUCAUAGACAAGAGCACACGUGGCUGGAGGCGCCGCAUGUUUGCCAGCGUUGUGAUUCACGUUUCCUGAGCGCCAAGCUUCUAGAUCACCAUACGCUCAAACUUUGUCAAAAUACGCUAAAGCGCUUCAUGUGCGAUAAGUGUCCACAGCGCUUCUUCUGGCGGCGCAAUUUACGCGCGCAUCUUGUGGAGCACAAAAACAAGCAAGACACAUAUCCCUGUGAUCAAUGCUCGCGCAGCUUUCAGGAUAAGAGCGCUGUGACCAAGCACAAACUAAUGCAUCAUGAUGUCAGCAACGAGCUUUUACCCUGCCGCUGGUGCACACGCACCUUCUAUCGCCCUGCGCUGUUGCACAAGCAUGUGCAGCGUCACGGCUUUAGCGGCGAGGAUCUGCCCUUGGCAGAGACUCUUCUGGCAGAUGCUGCCAAGACAUCCGGACCCAAGACCAUCAUUUGUAAACUAUGCGACAUGCAGUUUGUUAGCAUUGCUGAUCUGCGACGGCACUUCUCAAUGCAGGCGCACAGUGAACAGGCCUCAAACUAUAUGAUAAGCACCGAAGAAGGCUUUGAGUUGCUGCUAGAUGAAACGGAUGAAAGCGACGAUGAUUCCGCGGGCUCUGGUAAAUCAUAUAAAUGUGCUCUAUGCGAUAUGAAUUUUCAACGACGGCGCGACAUGAGCGAGCAUCAGUAUUCCCUACAUACCUUCGACAAGCUGCCAUAUUCCUGUGAGCAUUGUAUUUACAAGACCGUUGACAAGUCCAUGCUGGAGCAGCAUUUGCGUACGCAGUGCCUCAACCAGGAAAAGAAAUUCAAGUGCUCACGCUGCGGGUACAAAUUUAUGUGGCCUGAAAAUCUGGAACAGCACAUGUCCAGUCAACAUCCCAAAUCAUCCAAUCAGGCGCCCGUUACGAUUAAGCGAAGUAGGCGUUUCAGAUAUCAAUGUCCACACUGCUGGCGCUCCUUUGUAGUGCAGCCAAGCCUGGAUAAGCACAUACGCGACAUGCAUGUCGCUAAAAAGAAUCCAGGCAAGAAGUAUCUCUGCUCACUAUGCGGCCUGGAAUCUCUGACGCCCAACAAGCUGAACAUACACAUGCGUCGUCAUAACGGCGAGAAGCCAUUCAAAUGCGAUCUCUGUGACAUGUCCUUUACAGUGCAUUACGAACUAAAGGUGCAUCGCCGCAAGCAUACGGGUGAGCGGCCCUAUCAGUGUACGUUCUGUGCCAAGGACUUUGCCCGACCGGAUAAGCUUAGGCGACAUGUUUACAUGCAUAGCGUUAAGCGCUAAAUAAAUUUAAACCAAAACUGAACAAAUUACCAAAUAAAACAUUGAAUGUUUA